AUGCCUCCCAAGUUCGUCGCCAGCUCUGAGUCCCCCUGCGUCCUCCGCGGCCAGACCCUCACCAACAGCGAGUGCAACGUGCUCUUCUCCGCGCUCUCCAAUCUCCUGGCGCCUCUUGAGAUCAACAUGGAGGCUGCUGCCUUGUCUGCCGGUCUCAAGCCGAACUCCUAUAAGGAAAUGUUGCGCCAGCUCAAGAAAAAGUACGACCUUGGUAACCCCAACGCCGCUGCCGCUGCUGGCGAUUCGGGAGAGGGAGAUUGCGGCUUCACCCCGGUGAAGAAACGGACUGCUGCCGAAGCUGACCCCAACGGCGAGGUCAUGGAGGAUAGCCCGGCUAAGAAGAAGACUGCUACCCCCCGUAAGCCGCGCAUUACCGCGAAGAUGAAGAGGGAGGCUGAGGCGGCGGCGGCGGCUGCUGCUGCUGCUGCGCAGACUGCUGCGGUUGAUGAUGGUUAUGCUACUGCUACUGAGGGUGGCGCCGACAACGGCGAGAUCUAG